AUGUCUGAUUCCGUGGCAUCCUCGAGAGCUUUGAUGGGAUAUAACCUGAUGACCUCCGGUGUGCUGAGCGCCUCUACAUCCUCUGUGGGCUCUUUGAACAGCCCCUUCCAUUACGCAGAGCACUGGCCUCGGGGCAUAGGCGUCCACUCCACUCCACCGGUCUCUCUCACUGCCCUGCCUCCUACCUACACUUCUUUUGGCGUGUCUGUGCAAAACUGGUGCGCUAAAUGCAACCUGUCCUUCCGCAUGACCUCAGACCUCGUGUUCCACAUGCGCUCGCACCACAAGAAAGAGUUUGCGAUUGAAUCUCAAGUGAGAAGGAGACGAGAGGAGAAGCUGACGUGCCCCAUCUGCCACGAGCACUUCAGAGAGCGACACCACCUUUCCAGACACAUGACCUCCCAUAACUGA